AUGGAGAAAUGAACUCCGGUUCAGAUCUCCGGGAGGGCCUCCUCUCUGGCUCGGCCCAUUCACCUCCCGCUCAAGUGAAGCGGAUUGGAAUUGACGACAUGCUCCGGCUACACGCCGGAGAGUUAGGGCGGUGGCAGCUUCGCCACUUUGUUCUAACGUGCGCCGCGUGGGCCCUCGAGGCUUUCCACACUAUGGUCAUGAUCUUCGCCGACCGAGAGCCGGCGUGGCAGUGCAAGUUCGCUGGAGGUUGUCCGCCGGACAACUGCGGUAUUCCGGCCGCGUCCUGGGAGUGGGUGGAGGGUUCCGGUGCUUCGACUGUAAGCGAGUGGGGUCUCAUCUGUGGCCAGCGGUACAAAGUAGGCCUUUCUCAGUCAGCUUUCUUCGCCGGAUGUAUGGUCGGCGCUGGCGUCUUCGGCCAUCUAUCCGACUCCUUCCUCGGCAGAAAAGGCUCACUCACCAUAGUCUGUAUUCUUAACGCCAUCUCCGGCGUCGUAACCUCCCUCUCUCCGACCUACUGGUUCUACACUGGCUUUCGCUUCCUUAACGGCUUCGGCACCGGUGGUGUCGGCCUCUGCGCUUUCGUUCUCGCAACAGAACCAAUUGGUCCCUCGAAGCGCGGAGUGGCCGGAAUGUCCACCUUCUACUUCUUCUCCGGCGGCAUUGCUAUCCUCGCCGGCGUAGCCUACCUAUUCCCCACUUGGCGAACACUCUAUAUUGUCAGUUCCCUCCCCUCCCUAGUCUUUGUUCUCCUCAUCAUCCCCUUCAUCUCUGAGUCACCUCGAUGGUAUCUCAUCCGCCGUCAGACUGCCAAAGCCAUGGACAUAAUGCGCACCAUCGCACGCUGUAACGGAAGAGAAAUCCCUCCCGGCAUUACUCUCAAGCUUGACGACGAGGACGAUGAAGAGAAUUCCAAAGAAUGUUCGCAGGUUGCUGAAUCGGGAUCCAUCAUCGACGUUCUUCGAUCACGAAGAACACGCCUUCGUCUUAUACUAAUGGUCUGCAUCAACUUUCUCUGCGCCAUCGUAUACUACGGCCUUACCCUCAACGUCGUCAAUCUAAAAACAAACCUUUACCUCAACGUCACGCUCAAUUCCGUCGCUGAGAUGCCGGCCUUCGUCAUCACCGCCGUUCUUCUCGACCGGUUGGGGAGAAAGCCUUUAGGGGUAGGAACCAUGAUGCUAAGUGGCGUGUCCUGUUCCAUCGGAUUCUUUAUCAGCGGCACAGGGGUGUUGAUGAAGACGAUUAGAAUGAUUUGUGGGGUGAUUGGUAUAUUCGGUAUGGCGGCGAUGUAUAAUUUGCUGUUUAUUUAUACGACGGAGUUGUUUCCGACGGUGGUGAGGAAUGCGGCGUUGGGUUGCGUGACGCAGGCGACGCAGCUGGGCGCCAUUCUGGCGCCUUUGGUGGUGGUGGCCGGACAAAGUUUGCCUUUUGCGGUGUUUGGGGGGUGUGGGAUCGUCGGAGCUUUGCUAACGUAUUAUUUGCCGGAGACGAUGAACAAGCCGCUUUAUGAUACGAUGACGGGAUUGGAAGAUGGAGAAGGGAAGUUCGUCAUAUGAGCUUUUUUUUUUUAUGAUUCGUGCGACUGAGGUGAUGGACGGAUGGAUCUUCUCUGAUCAUGCAUGUAUCGGUUGUCUUUAGGGUUGUUUUUUAACGUAGAGAAUUUGGGUCAGGAUUUGGAACUUUUAUUUUAUUUAGUGAACGUACGCUCCUCUACGUUCGGUUUGGGCAAAAAAA